AUGUCCCCGUAUCAAUUGGUUUAUGGUAAAGUUUGUCACUUGCCACUAGAGUUGGAGCACAAAGCAUUUUGGGCAUCCAAAUUCUUGAAUUAUGACCUGGCUAAAGUAGGUGAGUCCUGCAUCCUUCAGCUCUAUGAGUUAGAGGAAUUUCAAAAUCAAGCGCAUGAAAAUGCUAAGAUGUAUAAAGAACAGACAAAGAAAUGGUACAAUCAAAUGCUGCAGAGAAAAGAGUUUGUCGAGGGACAACUAGUGCUCUUGUUCAACUCCAAAUUAAAACUUUUUCCAGGGAAGUUGGAAUCUAGGUGGUCUGGCCCGUUUUUGGUGCACAAAGUGUUCCCCCAUGGAGCAAUCGAAGUGAAAAAUCCAAAUAAUGAGGACACCUUCAAAGUAAAUGGACAAUGGUUGAAGCACUACUAUCAGGGACAUGAAAGUGGUCUGAUUGAGAAUGUUCGUCUCCAAGAAUGA